AUGGCCCCUACCAGCAAGACAGCCAACGCUGCCGCCAAGGCGGUCGUUAAGGGAUCUUCCCUUCACAAGUCCCGCAAGCCCCAGCUCGACGCUCAGAAGAUCAUUCUGUACCCUCUCAACACUGAGAGCGCCAUGAAGAAGAUCGAGGAGAACAACACCCUGGUCUUCAUCGUCGAUAUCAAGUCCAACAAGCGCCAGAUCAAGGCUGCUCUUAAGAAGCUGUACGACGUUGACACCGUCAAGGUCAACACCCUGAUCCGCCCCGACGGCUCCAAGAAGGCUUUCGCCCGCUUGACCCCCGAUGUCGAUGCUCUGGACAUCGCCGCCACCAAGCUGGCCAUCGUCUAA